GGACAGGUAUAUAAGUUUUCACUGCAAUCCCUGGACUUGUCAGCGACAAUUUCUCCCUCUUUCAAACAUUUGUAUUCCUCCACGGAAACUAUAUUUUGGAGGCCAUGGAUGCUUACCAAAAGAUGAUAUACCUCCCAGACAUCAUGAUAAACUGGCCCUGGCCUCGUGCCAUCAAUCCGCAUUUUGAAGAUGUGAAAAUUGAAGCCGAUGCUUCGUUCCGUGAUUUCAAGGCUCUGAGCCCUGAGUCACAAGAAGCAUUCGAAAAAUGUGACUUUGCCCGCCUAGUGGCACUGGCUUAUCCUAAUGCACCACGAGAACACAUUCGAAUCGGCUGUGACUUAAUGAAUGUUUUCUUCCUAUUGGAGGAGUACACCGACACCGAAAAUGGGACGGUCACCAAGGAAAUGGUGGACAUCGUGAUCGAUGCCCUACACAAUCCUCAUAAGAUACGACCAGAAGGCGAAUCCAUUCUUGGUGAAAUCGCACGACAAUUUUGGGCUCGUGCCAUCCAGACCGCAAGCCUGCCUUCUCAACGUCACUUCCUUGAAACAUUUACUGCAUACCUUCGUGCAGUAGUUGUCGAGGCUCUUGAUCGCGAACGAAGCCAUAGGCGCAGUAUCAAUGACUACCUCAAGCUCCGGCGUCUUACCGUUGGCGCAGUGCCAUCUUUCGUAAUAUGUGAGAUGGGGAUGGACCUUCCUGAUGAAGUGUUCUACCAUCCCGUCGUUGUGGAACUCGCUGAAUGCAGCACGGACUUGAUUCUAAUCAGCAAUGACAUGGUUUCGUACAACAAAGAGCAAGCGGCCGGGAGCGAUGACCAUAAUUUUAUCAGCGUUGUCAUGUUGGAACUUGGCCUCGACAGAGGCGGUGCGAUAGCUUGGGCAGCACGCUAUCACGCUGAACUUCAGAAACGAUUUAUCGAUGGUCUUGCAAAGGUCCCUUCAUGGGGGCCUUCUGUUGACAUCCUAGUAAAGGAGUUUCUUGACGGGAUAGCAAAUUGGCCUCGAGCAGACAAUUGUUGGAGUUUCGAGGGUCAAAGGUACUUUGGCACUAGGGGUCCGGAAAUACGGCAAACUAGGCUUGUCCCAUUAUUGCCAAAGGCCAACCGCAAAGCCGCGGCGUGAACACAUAUUCAGAUAUACAGCUCCUUCCAUAGAAUCCGGAACCAGUUUUUCUUGUACCCCGCUUGUAAUACGUUACGAUGCUUCUCACUUGUUCGCUCAUAGAUGCCGCCCUUGUCCUCCCAUUUCUCUAGCUUUCAGUCGACUAAGUACUAUACUUAGCUAUACUAUGUAGAUGCCUCGGUUCUCUCAAAAUCAACCAAGUUUUGUGAUCAC